AUGAAGGAGGGCACAGCCUGGUGGAUGCUUUUCGAUAAAUGCUUUUCGAUUACAAGAAGCACAGAGACUAAAGUACAAGGAGGAUACUGGAUGAAACCUCCCUCUGAUGAUAUGAUUCUGACUUUUCAAAAGUCUUCAACGGGUCUAAAAAGAGCAAAGAGAGCAGGUUGGGUUAUUCCUCCGUUCAAUAUACCUGAAAACAGCAGAGGUCCUUUCCCAAUGAAGCUGGUCCAGAUAAAGUCAGACUUUGCCCUGGAAACUCAAAUGGAAUACAGAAUCACAGGUGAAGGAGCGGAUCAAGACCCCAAGGGGAUUUUCACUGUUGACAGACUGUCAGGGGAUCUCUAUGUGACUCAGCCACUCGACAGGGAAAAAAAAGCUUCAUACAGAAUUACAGCUCAUGCUGCAGCACUUUCUGCGAGUAGUACUGCAGAAAAACCAAUGGAAAUUGUCAUCCAUGUGAUCGACCAAAAUGAUAAUAAGCCUGUGUUUAUUCAAAAUCCUUUUAAUGCACAUGUUCGUGAAGAUGCUGGAAGAGCAGGGACGGUUCUAAGAUUUGAUCAUCAGGUGGUCCAAGUCCUUAGUGAGAUCAUUAGAUACAAAGAUACAAAAUAA